AAGAAGGAAAUCGUUUCCAAAAUUUCAAUGACAAAUGAAAAAAGAAAAAGCUACUUAUAAUCCCAAAAAGCUAGCCUACCCCUAGCCUAGCUCUUCUUCCCAGAGAAGAAUCUAUUGUCUGUGUCUGUAUUUUUCUGUUUCUUCUUUUGGAGUGAGUGAUGGGUCUGAGCUGCUGCUCCUACUCCUCUCUUACAUCUUUCACAUGCCUGUGAUUUUUAGCUUCACCUUUUUCAGACAUAACCCUUCAACUACUAUAACUCUCCCCUUCUAAUCUCUCUCCCUCUCUCUCUCUCCAUUUCUUGAAAACACCCUUCUUUCAGCUCUCUCUCUCCCCUUGAAAAAACCCUUCUCUCAGAUUCAGCUCCUGAGUCUCUCUCUCUCUCUCUCUCCCCCUCUCUUCUUGCUUCAAAAAUCCUAUCUUUAAGCUCCUGGGUUUCAGCAAAUAGUUCAGAAGCUAUGGAGAUUGAUAAAGUUUAUGAAGAUGCUGAUGAUGUGUUGCUUUCCAGUGAAAGGCCACCACCCUCUUCUGAGUUUCUUGAUUCCUUCUGGAUUUCCAAGUCUUCCCCUUCUUUCCAAGAAAACUCAGCUUCUGGCACCACAACUAUGGUUCACCUUCAAAAUUCCCCACCUGAAAAUGGUAGACUUGGGGGAUUUUUACCUUGUUUGGAGAAAGAAGAGAAUGGCAUUGAGGACUAUGAUCCUUGCUUGCAUCCACCUGAAAAGAAACGAAGGCUUACGGUUGAUCAGGUCAAGUAUCUGGAGAAGAGCUUUGAGGUGGAGAACAAGCUUGAGCCUGACAGGAAAGUGCAGCUUGCAAAGGAUCUUGGUUUGCAGCCUAGGCAGGUUGCGAUAUGGUUUCAGAAUCGACGGGCUCGGUAUAAAACUAAACAGCUUGAGAAGGAUUAUGAUUCCUUGAAAGAAUGUUAUGAUAAGCUGAGGGAUGAUCAUGAUAGGCUUUCCAAAGAAAAUGAGAAAUUGAGGCUUGAGGUUGAAUCACUUAAAGGGAAAGUGCCUGGGGCAGAGAAGCAAUCGCUUGAUGUGACGAAUUCAGAUGAUCCAGAACCAACAGAAGUACCACCACAUACAAGUUCGAUAUCUCAGAAUGUGAUCAGUGAAAAUGUGAUGGUCAUUAAGCAAGAGGAUGCGAAUUCGGCCAAGAGUGAUGUUUUCGAUUCAGAGAGUCCACCUUGUGCUGAUGCCAACCUUGUAUCCUUAUUCCAGCCUGUUGAUUCUUCUCGAGUCUUAGAUCAAGACCCAUCUGAUUUCUCUCAAGACGAUGAAGAUGACUCCUGCAGGAUUUUGCCACCUCCAUGUCUCCCAAAGCUCGAAAUCGAGUCUUACGAGGACUUGAAUGCAGACACUUGCAAUCUGGGCAGUUCCGUCGAUGAUCAAACCUUCUGGUUCUGGUCUUAAUCAAGUAGUUGCUAAUAAAUCUGAUGUUAUGGAAUAGCUUGUUUGUAAUUACCUUUCAUUACCAUGAAUAAAGUUGGAACUCUUGGUACUUCUCUCA